CAUAGUGUAGGUGCAAUACGAGACGCGCAUAUAGUGGGCCCAUCAGUUUGUAGGGGCUGUCAGGCACUCCGCAAUUUGGGUUCACGGGAGCGAGCUUGGGCCGCCAGCGCUUCCGUCCUUGUUCCCCAGUCGACGACGUCUGCGUCCGUACCGUCUCGAAGUGUGAGACUCAUAAACAUCAACGACUACGGAUCGCUUCGGAUCGCUUCGUUUUGCUUCCUCUAGGCAUCUCUUACUCUGCUUUAUACUGUACUAUCGCCAUCAUGUCAGGCAACGGGCAGUUGGUCGACGGCGUUUUGCAUUGCGGCUGCAAUUUGCCCGCGAGACGCUGGAGAUCGCGUCAACCUAAUGGAAACCGUUCCAAGUGGUUUAGCAACUGCGGAAAAGGCCCUGAGGCCAAAGGAUGUCGCUUUUUCCUCUGGGACCACGAAGCAGAACAACGCGGUUUCGCUUUACCGAAAGACUCUCCCAUCGAGCCUGAUCGACCCAAUUCGAACACUCCCUCGAAACGCCAGCCUUCCCCAGCAUCGCCAUCGACAACACAAACCGGGGCGUUGGGACUAAACCGGAAGCGAACUCGUUCCAUCAGUGAAGAUCCUAACGACGAGCAUGGAUUUGGACAGUCCGACGAUGGCCUCCGCCAGGUCAAGAUCAAAGUUGAGACACCGCCUGUUGAUGCACCGCCCGUUGAGACACCGCGCAAGGCAGUCAAAAUCUCAUACGAUGCAACUCCUACUAAGGCAAGACAAACCAGCGCCUACGGACUCGAGACCCCUCAAACUGAUCGCAGACCUGACCUCGACCCGUUCGCUUCACGAUAUCCGGUAUCGAGCGGAUCCCUUUUUACUCCCUCGCAGGUCAAUGGGGAUGGGGCCACUCAAACAGCAACACCCUCUUCAUCGUUCGAAACUUCGACUCCAAGCCGUUAUAGAAAUGUGCCAGCAGAUGAUCUGGUACGAGAUGUGGUCAGCCUACUACAAAGGGCUAACGUCCCAAUCGGCGAAGAGACGGAGAAGGAUCUUACAAGUAUGCUAUCGAAACAUGCGAGAAGUGCUGAAGGAUACAAGAGGGUCACUCAAGCUACUAUCAAGGCGAAAAAUGCGAAAAUCACUGACCUUACCCAGCGUGUCAGUGCCCUUGAAAUAGAGCUGGAGGCUGAGAAGAGCACAGUGGAGCUAUUACAGUUGGAGACUGAACAGUUGGACUGAAGAUAAGUAGCUGGGCACCCGACUGCAAAAGGGGCGGAUACCCACAUGUUCGGCAAAUUUCCAUUGUGGAUUAGUAUAAAUAUUUUCGUAUGUCCAUUAGGAUACUGGUCGACGCUUUCUACCCUACAGAGGAAGACAGAACUCAUACAAGCUGGUACUGGUGAUUUCACGAGCGACUAGUUUCCAGUACGACGCUCCCAUAUAUUGGGCACAACUAUUGAGGAGGACAGGGCAGCGAACGAAUGAAUCUGGGAGACUCUGGAAGACGCCUGUAUGGGCAAGUCGAUCAGACCAAGAUAUCAGGCGGCCCACCUCCACGCUUACGUGUCCAUCGCUCGCAGAGCGUGAUUGGGAAAGGAGGCAACACGGGUCCGAAGUUUCUUAAUCAAUAGCUAUAUCCUCAAACCUUCGUCCUUACGUGAAGAAAAACAU